AUGCCCGCUGCAGGCAAGGAGGAUAGGCCACGCAAGAAACCAGGCAGAGUUCCGACUUCCUGUGCAGAAUGCCGACGUCUCAAGCUGCGUUGCGACAAGAAUGUUCCUUGUGGUAAAUGUGUGUCGAGAGGGUGUGGUCCUAUAUGCCCCGACGGUCAAUUGGCUUCUGGGAAGGGCCACCGUCUCGUUCUCGCUAACACAGAAGAGCUCCAUGAUCGCAUUGAAAUUCUUACCUCUCGCAUUCGUGAACUCGAGAAUGGACUACGCGCGCUGAAUGAAUCUUGCACCGAGCGUCCACACCCUCUUCUUAGCGCUGAACUUCUCCAAAUAAAACACUCCUACACAGCGCACCAUCGCGAAAACUUGGGUCAAUCUCGUGACAGCCAAACGGCCUCCUCCUCUUCCGACUCCCCGGGUUCAGAUAGAGGCACCACCGACUCUUCCGUUGGUCGAGGGGAGGAAGAAAACCUCAUAGAUGCUUUUGGGACUCUUACUGUUGGUCCCCAUGGUGAUUCGAGUUUUAUUGGGCAAACAGCUCGAACCGAGUAUCUUGUGUCCGCACACUCCAAACCCUUGACCAAGACUAAUCCAGCCUCAUUCCCCACCACAACUCCAAGGCUCCCCAAACGUAUUACCGACCUUUCUUUCCCAGACUGCGAGGUUACAGACAGUGACUUGGCGAGCGAAGUAUUUGGGUUUUUACCCCCACUCAGUGAAGCCAUUCGACUCUGCGACAUCUAUUUCGAGCAUGGGGCGUAUCUCUCAUUUACUCUGCAACGAACUGAACUUUUGGAUGAUGUUUUAGAUGCUGUAUAUCGUGCUGGGUCUUUCGCCAUGAUGCGAACUCAUCACUCGCUAUCCCUCCUCUUCUCGGUCUUCUCGAUCGCCACUCUCUUCGACUCUGAUCAAGAAGCAUAUUCGGUCCAAGCCCAAGAAUUUCACUAUUUGGCGCGUGCGGCACUUGCUCUGUCUUCUCCUGUGCGGCAUACGACCCUUGCGGCAGUUCAGUCACUGCUACACAUGGCACAUUAUGUCGAUCUCAGUGACUGGGAAGGAGAUACCGCAAGCACAAACGCUGCGUGGCUUUAUAUGGGUACCGCCAUCAGGUUAUCCUUCGGGCUUGGGCUGCAUCUUAACAGUAGCCGUUGGAAGCUCACCGAAGAGGCUUCUCAAAGACGAAGUCGAUUGUUUUGGCAACUCUUCAUCAACGAUACAUGGAUGAGUUUCUCAUUAGGCCGUCCUGCAACGAUCUCGACAGGCACUAUCGACUGUCCUCCCCCUGCUGACCCUCCAGAAGUUACAAUGGAAGAUAAUGGAAAGGGCGGAACUUAUUUCUCGUGGUGUUGCAAGUAUAGCGUGCUCAUGCACAAUGUUGUGUCAUCUGCCUUUGGAGUCAAACCACCAGCUUACAACACUAUCCUCGAACUUGAUCGCAAGGUUCGCGAUUUCUUCAUUCCCACCGCUCUUCGCCCUACGUGCGGGGUGGAACAUCCGCCAGUGCCGAACCAUGUAUACCUACAGCGCUUCUUAGUGCUACAAAUGAAGGAAACCACUCUCUUGAAUCUUCAUCGUGCAUAUUUUGGCCAAGCACUUACGGAAAAACCAGACGAUUUGGCUAGCCAUCGGUUCAUUCCGUCGGUCAUGGCUACUUACCGUUCUGCUUGGAGGCUUAUUCGUGGGCUGGUGAUUUUAUGGCGGGACAAUCGCCAUCUGCUUACAAGAAUGGGUGCUGUUUGGUCACCUGCGUUGUCCGCCGGCAUUGUCAUGUGCAUGUUACUUGUUCGUUCGCCUACCUCCAAAAUGGCAGCGUCUUCGAUGGAGGAGUUGGACGCGCUGGCAACCCUGUUUCAAGAUGCUUCUAACACAUGUCGGUUUGCCGCACAGAUGCUGCAACCGGUGCUUAUCCUACAUCGUAAGGCUCAACAAGCGCUCGAUGCGAGUGUCCCUCAUCUCAAUCCUGAAAACCCAUGUAAUGUUACUCCUGCUGAUCUCGAUCGACUUGGUGGAAGGACGCAUCUGAUUGCAGCUCCUCCGAGCGGUAUAUUAGCACCAAGUCCAUCCAACUCUUCCGCUCACAGUCCGACGACCGGCUCUCGAUCAACUCCAAGAGACCUUGCCAGUAUUGCAGACGGUACACCCAAUUCUAACAACACCGACGAAGACAUCGUGAUGCACCCUUCAAUUGCGGAAGACAUGAGGAGCUUUGAUUUGGGCGAGCCGUCGUUGUUCUAUGGUGCAACGUUCCCUCCCCCAGAAGAAUUGGGUGGUGUGCCCUUUAAUGGUCUGACGUUCACGACACCACCACCUCAGGCAGGGUUCGGGAGUGGAUUUGGGAUGGGUUUCCAAGGAUACGGGGCUGCCCCACCAGUGGUGUUGGAUGCGACUUGGCAAAGCUUUGUAGAGCAGCUUGGCUUUUGA